AUGGAGAAAUUGUCACUACUUUUUUAUACUCCAAAUCUUCUACAAUACGAAGCUGUCAUGUUUGCUGUGGGACAAGAGUACCUAAACAUUCCACCGCGAGUUCCUAACAUAAGCUUCCGUUCGAGCUGUUCCAGUGCCUGUACAGAAGUGAUGUUUCCGAAAGGUGUUUUUAUUACAAGAGCAGUUAACCAUAUGCAUUAUAAAGGUAUACAACAAAAUAUAGAGAUAUACAGAGGAAACAAGAAAAUAAGAGACAUUACUCAUGAGGAGGAAUAUACAUAUGACAAACCAGUAUUUUAUCAAUUUGAUCCUCCUAUAAGGAUUCGUCCUGGGGAUGAAAUUAGAACUACAUGCACAUAUUCCUCUCUAUCGUCAAACGAAACUAUUUUCUUUGGCGAAGGAACUUCCGAUGAAAUGUGCUACGGAUUUAUCACAUAUUAUCCUGCACAAAAUAUAGCACUGCCAUACUGUACAACAUGGAAAACAGUUGAAAAAUGUAAAAGAUAUAUGCCACAAUUUGGCGGAAUAAUUGAUGGAUGUAGGUGGAAGGACUUCCUGUCUGGUGGUAAUGAAUAUAUUGGAUUCAUGAUGAUUGAACUAGCUAUGCACUGUGAUACUACGUGUUCUUCGAACUGUACUGAAAAAGUCCGAAAUCUACGAGAACAUGAAUGCUUACGCGGUGAUCUAGGAGAUUUUAUGAUCUUUAAGUUACAGAGAAAAUAUCCUUCCAUUAGUUUAAUAAAAGACUGUUUUCGAGAAAACAAAAGUGACAAUGUAAAGGCAUAUAGUUUCUGUCUAUUUUUAACUUUAGCUUUGAUGUAUAUUCCCUAG